AUGGGUAACAAUUCAUCAAAGCAAAAUAAUUUGAAAGGAGGCGGAGGUGGUAUGCCUUUGCAACGAACCGAUACUUCCAACUCAGUUAAAUCGACAAGGUCUAUAAGACUGAAGCUAUCUAUAAGUAGCAUAAGUAAUGGGAGCAAUAGCAACAAUAACAACAACUCUGCUGCGGAUCGGGAUGAGAACCGACUAGGUACGAGCAAUGUUAAAAAUAGCAACAACUUGAAUUCCAAUAGUAAUGGUGACACGACAAAUGGUCACUCUGUGAUUGAUACAAACUACCGCGAAAUUAAUGAUGAUCCGAAAACACCUCUGAGAUCCUUAUCUAGGAGGAACUCGUCCUCUGAGAUUGUUUCCGAGAUACCGUCUUUUUCCAGAAACAAUAGCUCAUCAAAUUUAUUUUCAACUUCAUUCAGUAACAAUUCAAAAUUACCACCGUCGAUGAAACAAGUACAGCCAAAGGAACCUAUUCUUAUCAGAAGGAACACGAAUGAAACAAUCAAUACGUGCUUAAGUGUGUCAGGACUUGAUUCACCACCUUUGAAUUCGCCAAUGUUGUCACCUUUAAACAAUACCAAUAACAAUACCAAUACUAAUACCAGAACCAAUACCAACACCAAUAGUAUUUCUACACAAUCGUUACCGUCUCCGCAUCAGUCUUCGUUUUUGUCAGACCAAAUAAAUGGAUCGGGAAACGAAAUGCAGUCACAUCACAGUUUGAGUUCACUGGCGCCAAAAUCACCCAGCUUGAAUUCAAACACGUAUGACGACACAAAAAGUAUUCAGAGUAGCAGACAAUCACUGGCUGCCGAUUUGACGGAGCUAGCUAAAACAUCGUCGUCGGUCAAUAACCAUCUUCAUAAACAGUCCACAACUACCUCUUCAAUAGGAGGUGGUAGCAACACCAUUGAGAUAGAAGACCUUAUACAAAGAUUAUUAGAUGCCGGAUAUAGUGGGAAAAGAACAAAAAACGUUUGUUUGAAAAACACCGAGAUUCAAUUGAUUUGCGCAACAGCGAGAGAGAUUUUUUUGUCACAGCCGUCCUUAUUGGAAUUAUCGCCUCCAGUGAAAGUAGUUGGUGACGUUCAUGGGCAGUAUGGAGACUUGAUUCGUAUAUUCACAAAGUGCGGCUUCCCUCCACAAACUAAUUAUCUCUUUCUUGGGGACUAUGUUGACAGAGGCAAACAAAGUUUGGAAACGAUACUUUUGUUGCUAUGUUACAAAAUCAAAUAUCCUGAAAAUUUUUUUCUACUACGUGGGAACCAUGAAUGUGCCAAUGUCACUAGGGUGUAUGGGUUUUAUGACGAAUGUAAACGAAGAUGCAAUAUAAAAACCUGGAAAUUGUUUAUUGACACAUUCAACACUUUACCAAUUACAUCAAUAGUUGCGGGUAAGAUAUUCUGUGUCCACGGCGGGCUCUCCCCGGUAUUGAACUCGAUGGACGAGAUCCGCAAUAUUGCUCGACCAACGGAUGUACCAGAUUUCGGUUUACUAAAUGAUUUGCUAUGGUCAGAUCCUGCAGAUACAAUUAAUGAAUGGGAAGAUAAUGAGAGGGGAGUCUCAUACGUUUUUUCAAAAGUUGCGAUUAAUAAGUUUUUGAGUAAAUUUGGCUUUGAUCUUGUUUGUCGAGCUCAUAUGGUGGUUGAGGACGGAUACGAGUUUUUCAAUGAUCGAACAUUAGUAACUGUAUUUUCGGCACCUAAUUAUUGUGGAGAGUUUGACAAUUGGGGUGCCGUUAUGAGUGUUUCCGAGGAACUAUUGUGUUCUUUUGAGUUAUUAGAUCCCUUAGAUAGUGUAGCCUUGAAGCAGGUUAUGAAAAAGGGAAAACAAGAGAGGAAAACAGCGCAAUACAUGCAAAGAAUACAAUCGAAAUGA